UCCAGCGGCUGUAAUUUGUGGCUGAAAUGAGGCGGAAAGGACAGCAUUACGAUACCACACACUAUGUACCCGGAUAAUCUUGACUCUGUUCAGCGACCCUGACUCAGUGCCAACAUGGCUGAUGGAAAGACGAUGUGCAGCCAGAAGGAAAGUACACAGAUGUCUGGCUCUCUCAGAAUCACAAAACACAAACAGGAAACAUGUCAGUUUAAUAUCACAGAUGCAGUACCAAUGGCAUGCUGACCAUCGUUUCAGUGCACAAGAGAGCUCUUUUCCACCAGGAAAUAUGAUAGUUUUGCUCAAGGAACAUCGUUUACUUGCUGAAAUUCUUUGCUCGACGCCAUUGCAUUUAUUACGCUUUGUUUGUUCCCAUUCCAGAGUAUGUCUGGGAUUGUUACUAUUUUUAGAAUGUAAUGGCUUAUCAGUGACGUGUACAAGUAUCGAUCAGGGGAAUGUGCUAUUGAAAGUGUAUGCCAGUAGUUACACCGUGUAUAUACACUAACACCAACUGAGGGAACACACGGUGAGUAAACUGGCCAGUAUCUUUGUGCACAUAUCUCGGUGUUACUCCCUCAAAAGACUAUGAAAUGCAUUUCAUCUAUUCCCUUUCAUUACUGAAUGCCACAAGCCGUUCGACUCAUGUAAUUAGCAACCCGACUACCUAUAAAACGGGGUAAAAUUAUUAUGCAUUACUAUAUCAAUAAAUACCGAAGAUACAUAAACGGUUCACAGGUCUUCGUUCUCACGAAUGAUCUUGUCAGCCAAUGAUUUUACAGAGCAUCUACUUAUUGCCGAUUGAAACAAUGUCUUCGCAGCCUUAUGCGCGUAAAUUGUUGUUUCCAGAUUGUUUAGUACAACAGAUACUGGCCAAUUUACUGACAUGAGGACAUCCGUAUUCUGCGGCAAUGUGGCAUAUUUGCGGCUAGUCUGUGGUCACCACGGCGCAUUUAUCAUCAGAGUAAAUUGGUUUUUAUAAUAAGAUCAUUAAUUACCUACUGCUUGACAGGACAACACUAGUUUGUCUUAUCCUUAUAUGGCAAUACUACGUGAAACUGUUUCUUGUUUUAUUGUACUAGGUUACCGACAUGUCUUUUGUUUUAACUGUAAACUGUUCAAUCUCUGCUUUGUUCCUUUUGAUAAA